AUAUUUUUGCACAUUUUUAAGUAAAAUUUACAUUAUCCCCUUUCAUCACACCCACAAAAGCAACAAAGUGCUCUUAUAUAAUGUGACCAAGUGGAAUCAAAUUCAUUGAAACACACAAAAGAAAAAUGGAUUCUCAAACACACAAAAGAAAAAUGGAUUCUCAAACACACAAAAAUCUCCACUUUGUCUUGUUUCCUUUGAUGUCUCAAGGACACAUGAUCCCAAUGAUGGACAUAGCAAAAAUCUUAUCAAAACAAAACAUUACAGUCACAAUAAUCACCACACCCCAAAACGCAUCACGUUUCACACAAACAUUCUCAAGAUCCAAAAUCAGGUUAGUUGAACUCCAAUUCCCAUCAAAAGAACUUAAUUUACCAAAAGGGUGUGAGAAUCUUGAUAUGUUAUCUUCACUUUCAUCUUCUUUAAGCUUUUUCAAUGCAGCAAAUAGUACUUUUUUACAAGACCCAGUUGAAAAAAUCUUUGAAAAGUUAACACCUUUACCAAGUUGCAUAAUUUCUGACAUGUGUUUGCAUUACACAUCAAACAUUGCAACAAAAUUUAAUGUUCCAAGAAUUUCUUUCUUAGGACAAAGUUGUUUUACUCUCUUUUGUCUUUACAAUUUGGGAAUUCAUCGCAAUGUUUUGAAAAACAUUACAGACGAAAAUGAGAAAUUUUUUUUGCCUGGUAUUGUUGAUAAGAUUGAGAUGACAAAAGCUAUGAUACCAAGAAAAGGAAAUGAGAAGGAUGAAAAUUGGAAAGAUUUUUAUGCAAAAACAGCUGCUGCUGAAUCUGUUUCAUAUGGUGUUGUUAUGAAUUCUUUUGAAGAGUUGGAGAUGGAAUAUGCAAAAGGGUAUAAAAGGGUGAAAAAUGGUAAAGUUUGGUGUAUUGGUCCUGUUUCACUUAGUAACAAAGAUGAUUUAGAUAAAGGUGAUAGAGGGAAAAAGUCUUCAAUUGAUGAACAUUUUUGCAUGAAAUGGCUUGAUUUGAAUGAAUCAAAGAGUGUUAUUUAUGUAUGUCUUGGAAGUAUAUGUAAUUUAACAACACUUCAAUUGAUAGAACUUGGUUUGGGUUUAGAAGCUUGUAAUAGACCUUUUAUUUGGGUUAUUAGGGAAGGAAAUUUAUUAGAAGAAUUGGAAAAUUGGAUUAAGGGGUUUGAGGAAAGGGUUAAAAGUAGAAGUAUUGUUAUUAGAGGGUGGGCCCCACAAGUGUUGAUAUUAUCACACCCUUCAAUUGGUGCUUUUUUGACUCAUUGUGGAUGGAAUUCAACUUUAGAAGCAAUAUGUGAUGGUGUGCCUAUGAUUACUUGGCCAUUAUUUGGGGACCAAUUUUUUAAUGAGAGGCUUGUUGUGAAAAUAUUGAAAAUUGGAGUUAGUGUUGGUGUGGAGGGUCCUAUGAAAUGGGGUGAAGAAGAGGAAUUAGGGUUAAUGGUUAAGAAAGAUGAUGUUGUGAGAGGAAUUGAAGAGUUGAUGAAUGAGAGUAGUGAAAGUGAUGAAAUGAGAAGAAGAGUUGAAGAGCUUGGUGUGAUGGCUAAGAUUGCUAUAGAAGAAGGUGGAUCUUCUUAUUUUAAUGUUAAUCUCCUUAUUCAAGAUAUCUUGCAACAAUCCAAAAAUUCUAAGUGAUUUUUUCACUUGGCAAAAGCAAAAACAAAAUUGGAUCUUCUAUAGCUGCAAUAUAAAGGAGUAGCAAAUAUUUAGUACAACUCUUUCUUAUUUAUUCUCUAAUAUAUAUACAUAUAUAUAAUAAUCUUUAAAAUAUAUAAAAUUUGUCUUGUUGGUUCUUACUACUAAAAAGUUAAAGACUAACGAGAUAAAUUUGCAUAUACUUUAGGUUUUAAAUAGAUGUACAUUUACAUAUUGUUGCGACUACUUAGUUGUUGUUGUUUUAUUUUUACAUAAAUACUUAUUAGGUUUAAAAGUUUAUUCUUUAAAUAAAUCACAUUAGUUUAGUGGCAAAGUAGAGUGGGGGACCAUGUGUUUGCAAGUAUAAGAAGUUUCACACGUUAACUUUUUCUUUACACCUCUUUAAAAAGGAGUAUAAAUCAAUGAUAAUUUGUAGCAUAGUAUGUGUAUUAUUGUAAGGCUCACUUAUUCUAGAAGACUUGAUAAUAACAAUUAGUGUUUCCCAAA